AUGGCCUCGACAAACUGCACAUGUACCCUGCUACUCGAUCCCCACGACAUGGGGCCUAUGAUCCCUAUGCGCCGUUACAGUCGUUCACGAAUUGAUAUCUCCCCAGAAAUUAACCUCAAGGACAAUGAACCAAUGGAUUUGAUUUUCGAAUUGACACGGGAUUUCUUUGCGAAAGCAAACAUUCCUAUCACGGAAGUCCAAUCCUGGGGACACCUUGUGAUCGUGUUGGAAUAA